AAGCGUCCCCGAGAACAACACUGCGCAUGAUGCAUUACUUAUGUUUGUUAUUCACCGAAUGUUAGAUAAGGAUAAGUUAUGCAUUAUGCGCAUCAUGCAUGAAACGGAACGCAGCCAGAAGUGCAAUCUCACUUAUACAACUGAUAUGUUGCUAAUAACCGAAACAAUAUGGUUCUGAAGAAAAUAAAAGUCUUGGAAUUAGCUGGGCUUGCUCCGGGACCCUUUUGUGGAAUGGUCUUAGCAGAUUUUGGGGCAUCUGUUAUCAGAGUAGACAGGAUUGGAGCUCAAAUGUUAGAUUAUUUGGGCCAUGGGAAAAGGUCAAUAGCAUUAAAUUUAAAAUCUGAAAUAGGGAUCAAUAUUUUUAAAAGAUUAAGUGACCAAAGUGACGUUGUUAUUGAUACGUAUAGAAAAGGUGUCAUGGAAAAAUUGAAGAUUGGACCAAAUGAACUUAUGGCAACAAAUAAAAAGCUGAUAUAUGCUAGAUUAACUGGAUAUGGUCAAGAUGGUUCUUGUGCAGAUAUGGCUGGUCAUGAUAUUAAUUAUUUAGGUUUAUCUGGACUGCUAUCUUUAUUUGGUCGAUAUAAUGAGGAACCUACACCACCCGUUAAUUUAGCUGCUGAUUUUGGUGGUGGUGGUUUAAUGUGCGCUCUUGGUAUAGUUUUGGCACUGUACGAGCGAACUAACAGUAACAUCGGGCAGGUAAUAGAUGCAUCAAUGGUAGAGGGAACUGCAUAUUUAGGAUCCUGGUUAUUCAGAACCCAAAAGAUGUCUGGUAUAUGGGGAAAUCCACGUGGCAAAAAUAUAUUAGAUACAGGUGCACAUUUCUACAAUACAUAUGAGACAAAAGAUAAACUUUAUAUGUGUAUUGGAGCACUUGAACCACAGUUUUAUGAAAUUUUCGUGGAGAAGCUUGGUUUUUCGAGCGAAGAGAUACCGCAAUUCGAAAGUUUCGAAGAGAAUCGUCGUAAAAUCGCAGAAAUUUUCAAAAAAAAGACUCAGGCAGAAUGGUGCGCUAUAUUUGAUGGCACUGAUGCAUGCGUUACACCAUUGCUAAGCUUGAAAGAUGCUGCAUCAUACAAUCACAAUAAGCAGAGACAAACGUUCACGAUUGUAGGAGAUGACAUAAUCCCAAAUCCUGCCCCUCGCUUAUCUCAUACACCUGGCAUUUCUAGAGGAACUUGUAGAAACCCACAACCUGGUGAAAACACUAUAGAAAUCUUAUCUGAACUAAAAUUUCAAUCUAAGGAAAUUGACAAUUUAUUAUCAAAUGGAUUUGCUUAUCAGGCAUAUCAUGCAUCUAAAAUUUAAUAUGAAAAUUAUUUUUAUAAUAAUGAAUAUACCAAUAAGUGUAUAUGUAAAUAAACAAUAAUUAAGUAGAAUGGAAGAGGGGGACAAAAAAAGAGAGAAUGUAUAAUAUAAGGAUUUUAAUUUCUAUCUUUGUAUAUACCGAUAAUGGUUUGAUAUAAAAUUUAAAAAAAAAAAUAUAAUAGAUUAUUAUUAUUAUUAUUACACAAAGUUACAAAUAUAAAUCAUAUAACAUUUAAGCUUUUUACAUUCCCCUCCCCUCUAUAUAACUUAUUGGCUAUAAAUUCUAUAGAGAAUUUACUGUAGAAUUGCCAAAAGUAUUGCAGAAUCAAAUUGUUCAUGAUAAUAUAAAAAAACAAUUUGCCAUAAUUAAUUAGAACAGUCGUACAAAACUGAAAAAAGUGUACAACAAAUAAAGAGAAACUUUACAUACAGA